AUGGACCAGAACUAUCUCAAGAUUUGUAGGUACGGAGACAUUACAAGGGUUGACAAAACAGGCGCGUCCCAGGUCACUGCAAAACAGGACGGCCGAGGGUUCAGUGGUGGUGCGGAUUCUCAAAAGAUGAUGGAGACUGAUCUUCAGAGGGCAAAUCGUUGCAAGUCUUCGAUAUACCAAGUUGUUCAUGCCAACCAAAUCGAUCCAGCCCCCACUGGUGCUAUAGCAUCUCUUGAAUCUCGAGUAGGCAAUGUCUUGGUAAAUGGCUGCGGUAACCAUGGGAAUGCAUUUGGUCUCAUGCUGGAUCAGAGACAUGAGAUAGGAAUGUUUGAAGCCUUUAAACAAAAGUUUCCAACCUGGAACAAAGAGCAGCACCUUAAAGAUGCGCUUGCUGCUUACAAUAUGGGUCAGAUGAUGUCCAUGACUACCAUAAUUUUGCUCAUUGCCGUCUCUCUUCCAGCGGACCUGGUGGCGACCGUAAGGUACGGAAACAACCGGAUCCCUACCCAGCUCGGCGUGGCUGACGGCCACCCAGCUGGCCCGGGAAACAGCUGA